CAGGAGAAAGACCAGACUCAGAGGAACCAGAGCCAGGGACGUCCAAACCAACAAGAAGACACCAGUGUUCCCGCUGUGGAAAGUGUUUUAACCAGUUAAGGGACCUGUACCGACAUGAGAGAAUACACACAGGGGAGAAAUCUUACCACUGCUUGCAGUGUGGAAAGAGUUUUAACCAGUUAGGGCAUCUGAAAGAACAUGAGAUAAUACACACAGGGGAGAAGCGUUACCACUGCUCCCAGUGUGGCAAGUGUUUUAACCGGUCAGGGAACCUGAAAUCACACGAGAGAAUACACACAGGGGAGAAGCCUUACCACUGCUCCCAGUGUGGCAAGUGUUUUAACCAGUUAGGGAACCUGAAACAACACAAGAGAAUACACACAGGUGAGAAGCCUUACCAAUGCUCCCAGUGUGGAAAGUUUUUCAGCCAGUCAGGGGAUCUGAAAAAACAUGAGAUAAUACACACAGUGGAGAAGCCUUACCACUGCUCCCAGUGUGGAAAAUUUUUAACCCGGUCAUGGCAUCUGAAAGAACAUGAGAUAAUACAAACAGGGGAGAAGCCUUACCACUGCUCCCAGUGUGGAAAGUGUUUCAACCGGUCAGGGCAUCUGAAAGAACAUGAGAUAAUACACACAGGGGAGAAGCCUUACCACUGCUCCCAGUGUGGCAAGUGUUUUAAACGGACAGGGAACCUGAAAAAACACGAGAGAAUACACACAGGGGAGAAGCCUUACUACUGCUCCCAGUCUGGCAAGAGUUUUAACCAAUUAAGCAGCCUGAAAAAACAUGAGAGAAUACAUACAGUUGAAAAGCCUAACCACUGCUCAGAGUGUGGAAAGUGUUUCAACCGGUCAGGGGAUCUGAAAAAACACGAGAGAAUACACACAGGGGAGACGCCUUACCACUGCUCCCAGUCUGGAAAGGGUUUUAACCAAUUAAGCAACCUGAAAGAACACAUGAGACUGCACAUAGAGGAGAAGGCUUACAAAAGCUCAGACUGUGGGAAAACCAUAUGAAAUUGCUUCUUCCAAUUAUUGAUAAACAUGUACCUGUUAAGAAACUGACUGUUAGAACUGUUAAGGCUCCAUGGAUUGAUGAGGAAUUUAAAAACUGUAUGUUUGAAAGAGUUUGGGCAAAAGGAGUGGCUAAUAAGUCUGGCUGCACAUCUGGCUGGCUUACGUACUGCAAAUGGAGAAAUGAUGUGACCAAACUCAACAAAAUAAUACACUUUAUUAGGAAGCCAAGAUCAAUGAUAUAAAGAAUGAUGGAAAAAAACUUGUAAAAAAUCAUAAUGAAAGAAAAGCAGUGCAAGUAUUGAAUGUUGUAAAGUUAGUGUGAGAGAGGUGGAAAAAUUGUUAUCGAUCAAUAAUGACAUUGACAACUUAGAUGGGAAGCUACUGAGGACAGUAGCUGACUCUAUAGCCACUCCUAUCUGUCAUAUGUUUAAUCUGAGCCUAGAGGAAAGUCUUUGUCCUCAGGCCUGGAGGGAAGCCAAAGUAGUUCCACUACCCAAGAGUGGUAAAGCGGCCUUUACUGUUUCUAACAGCAGACCUAUAAGCUUGCUGCCAGCUCUUAGCAAACUGUUGGGAAAAAUUGUGUUUGACCAAAUACAAUGAUAUUUCUCUGUAAACAAAUUAGCAACAGACUUUCAGCAUGCUUAUAGAGAAGGGCACUCAACAUGUGCUGCACUGACACAAAUGACUGAUGAUUGGUUGAGAGAAAUUGAUAAGAAGAUUGUGGGAGCUCUAUUGUUAGAUUUCAAUGUAUCCUUUGAUAUUAUUGACCAUAACCUCUUGUUGAAAAAACGUAUGUGCUAUGGCUUUUCAACCUCUGCCAUAAUGUGGAUUCAGAGCUAUCUAUCUACUAGAACUCAGAGGGUUUUUAAUGGAAGCUUCUCUAAUGUCAAACAUAUAAAGUGUAAUGUACCUCAGGGCAGCUCUCUAGGCCCUCUACUCUUUUCUAUUCUUACCAAUGACCUGCCACUGGCAUUAAACAAAGCAUGUGUGUCCAUGUGUGCUGAUGAUUCAACCAUAUACGCAUCAGCAACCACAGCUAAUGAUGUCACUGAAACACUUAACAAAGAGUUGCAGUCUGUUUUGGAAUGGGUGGCCAGUAAUAAACUGGUACUGAACAUCUCUAAAACUAAGAGCAUUGUAUUUGGUACAAAUCAUUCCUUAAGUUCUAGACCUCAGCUGAAUCUGGUAAUGAAUUGUGUUGCUGUUGAACAAGUUGAGACUAAAUUACUUGGCAUUACCUUAGAUUGUAAACUGUCAUGGUCAAAACAUAUAGAUUCAGUGGUUGUAAAGAUGGGGAGAGGUCUAGCCUCAAAGAGAUGGUCUGCUUUUUUGACACCACACUCCAAAAAGCAAGUUCUGCAGGCUCUAGUUUUGUCUAAUCUUGAUUAUUGUCCAGUCGUGUGGUCCAGUGCUGCAAAGAAAGACCUAUUAAAGGUGCAGCUGGCCCAGAACAGAGCGGCACAUUUUGCUCUUAAUUGUAAUCAGAAGACUGAUAUUAAUACUAUGCAUGCCAGUCUCUCUUGGCUAAGAGUUGAGGAGAGACUGACUGCAUCACUUCUUCUUUUUAUAAGAAACAUGAAUAUGUUGAAAAUCCCAAAUUGUUUGCAUAGUCUGUAAGGGAAUUCUGCCCUAUGUGCACAGAAGAGACCACAGGAAAUCCGUAUUUGAUCAGAGCUUAGUUUGUUUAAUAAGGAUUGCAACCCGGAGUUUACACUUACAGCAAUUUGCAAGCAAGACACUCAGUUCAAAAUAUGGUGUUUUCCCUUUUUAUCCCCUACUGAGGAUCACCCCGCCCCGGGUGAUGUCCCUUAUUAACACCAUAUAAGCUCAUAAUUUCAGUUCAAAAUAUGGUGUUUUCCCUUUUUAUCCCCUACUGAGGAUCACCCCGCCCCGGGUGAUGUCCCUUAUUAACACCAUAUAAGCUCAUAAUUUAUAGUUGCUAAUACAAAGAUGUCUCUGCUAGGCGGAGUUCAGCUUAUUGCGUUAUUGGCAGUUAGUUUCCCUAUCACUCUUCCCCUUAUUGCUAUCAUGUCAGACUGGAAGUAAGACUGGAACAUAGUAUCAACAGGAACUCUUAGUUCCCUUUAUCCAUCUGUUACCUAAAAUAUAGUUUCAACACAUAGACAUCUGACUUUGUACAGUUGACCUUUUCAUGCACUUGCAAGGUGUCAACCACUGAUUCUUCAUCUCAAGCUAAAGCAACACAAGAAUCAUUGUACUUUUGUCAUCACAGGUGUUCCUAUAAUGUACAGAUAUCAUCAAAGUUCUUACAAGUCAACUUACACACAGCUCUGACACACACACUUAUCCCACCAGACAUGCCACCGGGGGUCUUUUCACAGUCCCCAAGUUUCCAGAACAAAUUCAAGAAAGCGUACAGUAUUAUAUAGGGCCCUUAUUGCAUGGAACUUCCUUCCAUCUCAUAUUGCUCAAAUAAACAGCAAACCUGGUUUCAAAAAACAGAUUAAGCAACACCUCACGGCACAACCCCUCUCCCCUAUUUGACCUAGAUAGUUUGUGUGUAUGCAUUGAUAUGUAGGCUACGUGUGCCUUUUACAAAAUGUAUGUAGUUCUGUCCUUGAGCUGUUCUUGUCUAUUGAUGUGCUGUAUUAUGUGUCAUGUUUUGUGUGGACCCCAGGAAGAGUAGCUGCUGAUUUUGCAACAGCUAAUGGGGAUCCUAAUAAAAUACCAAACUCUGUUAUUCUUUCUGAGCUCAGAAAUAAAGAUUCUUGGUUUGA